CAAACCCUCGCUUUCAUCACCAGCACCUUUUUUAUCGAGCCUUUUUUCCGCUCUGCCAAAAUCCUUCCGAAUAAAGUUUCUGGAAAGUUAUAUUGACGAAUCAUAUGACACCGACGCUGCAAUUGCAGAACGUAAGAAAUUGGUGAAGAAGAAGAGGAAGAGGAGUAGGAUCGAGAUUUCGGAGUGUGUUCGGAAUGCCACCGGCGGCGGGAGUGGCAGCGCAGGGCGGCGAUCGAGCGGCGGUCAAGCCAAUGGCGAUGCCUGGAUUGGUGCGACAGCCUCCGAUGUCGGUGAUGCCGGCGACGGACGCAUUCGCCAAGGACGCAAUCAUCGCCUGGUUCCGCGGCGAGUUCGCGGCGGCGAACGCGAUCAUCGAUGCCUUAUGCAGUCACCUGGCGGAAUUGGAGGGCGGCGCGACGGGAACGUACGAAUCGGCGUUCGCGGCGAUUCAUCGUCGGAGAAUGAACUGGAUUCCGAUCCUCCAGCUGCAGAAAUUCUACUCGAUCGGUGAUGUCACGGCUGAGCUGAAGAAAGUCUCCGAGGAGAAGCGAGCUUGGAAUGACGUGGACGCGCAGAAGAAGAUUGACGAGGAAGAGGAGGCGGUGGGGCCAACCGGUGCUUGCACCGAGGCGAGCUGUGGCAGAGAGAAACAGAAAGAAAAAAUUGUGGAAAAUUCGACGGAGGAUAUAAAAAAUGGCGGCGCCGAGGCGGUUGAUGAAGACCUUACCUCUGAAAUCACUGAUGCAGUGAUUUGUAAUGUAGUAUCACAAGAAGCUCAGCCUUUAUCACCGGAGCAACCGAGGAUAUGUUCCAAUCAUGGAGAGUGUGGGGCGCGGUGCGAUCAGAUCAAGAUGACCAAAGGUUAUAUAGCGAAGGAGCCCGUGAAAGGACAUAUGAUGAAUGUUGUGAGAGGUCUAAAGUUGUAUGAGGAAACAUUCACUGAUCUUGAGCUCUCCAAAUUGAUCGACUUUGUGAAUGAGCUUCGUGUUUCCGGUCAGAACGGUGAACUCUCAGGAGACACGUUCAUCUUAUACAACCAGCAGACGAAAGGGAACAAGAGAGAGCUGGUUCAGCUUGGAGUUCCCAUUUUCGGGCAAAUCAAGAAAGACGAGACGAUUACAUUCCAUACAAAGGACAUCGAACCUAUUCCGGCUCUUCUCCAAAGCGUAAUCGACCACUUGAUUCAGUGGCGUAUAAUCCCGGAGAACAGGAAGCCGAACAGCUGCAUCAUCAACUUCUUCGACGAGGGCGAAUAUUCUCAGCCUUUUAUGAAGCCGCCUCACUUGGAGCAGCCUAUCUCUACCCUCCUCCUCUCCGAAUCCUCCAUGGCUUUCGGACGAACACUAGUGAGUGACGGCGAAGGAAAUUAUCGCGGCCCUCUCGUCCUUUCUCUAAAAGAAGGGUCUCUUUUAGUUAUGAGGGGAAACAGCUCCGACACGGCAAGGCACGCCAUGUGUUCGUCGACCAACAAGCGAGUAAGCGUUUCGUUCUUCCGAGUGCGAGCCGAGUCGGAAACCGCUCCACUCGACGCAACGGUGCCUACGUCCAAAGCAAUGGCUUUAUGGCAACCCACUGCGGUCUCAAUGACCGCAGUGGCGCCAAACAGCUACGACCCGAUUAACUUGAUCCCGAAAUGGGGCUUCCUCCGGGCACCUAUGGUGAUGCUAGCUCCUGUCCGGCCUGUCCCUGUAAAUAAUCCUAAACGUAUAAUUCCCCGUGGCGGCGGCACCGGAGUUUUCCUGCCGUGGGCCGUCGGAUCUCGUAAACAUGUAAAACAUCUCCCGCCGCGGGCACAGAGAGGAAGGCUUCUUUCUCUACCUUCUUCUUCCCCUGGUGUUAACAACAACAACAACAGCAGCAGCAGCCGCCAUUGAUGUUUGGGUAAGUUUUAUCAAUACAUUUUCUUUGUGCUCCCGGAAAGCAUUUUAUCGUUUAAUUUAAAGCUGAGAUGUUGAGAAUGAGUUUGUGCUUUUAUAUAUAUAGAUAUAUAUUAUUAUUAUAUACUUAGGUUUGUUGUUAAUUGUGUUUCGAGCCUCUAAGAGUAGUUAGAGAUUUCAUGUCAAGGAAAGGCCUGUCUGCUCUGCGGUGUGUGUACUUUUUUUUUUAACCAGGGAGAAGUUUCUGUUGUUCUGAUUAUAAAGUAUCGUAGUGUUACUGUACUAUCUUAUACUAUGUUAAAAGCCAUAUUUAUAUAUAUAUAUAGUAACUAUAAAGAGAGUAAAUUCAAUAAAUUUGAUAAGUAGGCACCUCACUCAACUCAGACUUUGGGCUUCCAAUCCAUAUUGCAAUUGGGCCAAGGCCCAAGCCCAAACUACAGUUUGGAGACGAGACGGAAGCAUGAUUCACGAAAAGCUGGAACUCAAAUAUAGAAAAAUAUAGUAAUAGUUCUUCUGUGGAUUUUGAUUCUUCCAUCUUUCCCAGAUGCUUUCCUUCCUUCUUUUUGAGGACGAAAACAAUAUCCACUCUGAGGAAAUACUUUUAUAUUUCUAUCCUCCAUUCUUAUUGAAUAGAAGAAUCAUCUAUAGAGAGAGAGAGAGACUUCUCUCAGACAUGCAUUAUAUAUACUAUAAUGUUGCUGGAAUCGAACACCCCACCCCAGUAUAGGAAAUGGAACAUGCUUUCCAUUCUCAAUCUCCACCCAUCUGCCAAAGGCUUACCAAUUUUCUAUUCGGAAUGUUCAAUCCCUCCUCCCCUCUCCCGUCACCUGAAGUUUACAUAGAAGACGGCCCGCCGCCGCCGCUGCCGAGGAACGGGAAGACUUCUUUCAUACCCAUUGGUCGGCCUAAUGCCGGCUCAGAUAUCACGGUCGAGUUCAGACACAUAAAUGGAGGCAAUGAGCUGAAGCCAAGAUUUCCAUCUCCGAGAGAGAGCUCCAAUAUAAAUGAAAAGUCCGCAGCAUUUAUCCAAAGAAAGAAGAGAGACCUGGAGCAGAUACUGCAGCCUUGAUCCCUUUUUGUCCUAGCAAUCGGAUUUCGAAUGACACUUCUUUAUCAUUUCAGGACAUAUAGGAAUCAAUAAAGAAACUGCAUGUGUGAUUCAGCCUCUCUUUGGCUUCUCUACUUAUAGAUCAAAUCAAUAUUUGUGAGCAAAACAACCGUAUCCGACCAAUGUUUCGACAAAUAUCUGCAUCACAGCACAGCACUAAGUGCUACUGAAAGUUAUAAUUUACCAUCUUCCUCAAGAACAACA